UCUAUCUAGCUGCCUAGCUGUAGCUAAUUGGUUGGACUGCUGGCCAAAGCGCUCCUCCUCGCCCUUGACCCCCUGGCUGCCUGUGAGUGCGUGAGUGUCGGCUGACUGCACUGUCUAAUCGAUCGCACUCCCAGUGCGAUCCUGGCUGACAAUUGCGUGCGUUCAUGGAAGAUGAUGAUGGGACAUAGAUGACGAUGACCAUCCGUGGACGGUUCAACCGAUCCCUACGUACCUGCCUGGCCUCAGUUUCUCGUCGUGCGUGUUGUGUGCUUGUGUGAGUGAAUUGCGUGAGGGCCUGCAUACCCGAGUAAUGACUGAGUGAGCGAGUGAGUGAUCCAGCCAGGGAUCCAGCGAGUGAGCGAGCGACAGACAGACAAACAGACAUACAUACAUACAGACAGACAGCUGGUUCGGCGUGUCAAGCCAAGUCUCUUUCUUCAACUUGUGCGUGUCGGUUCGUUUUGUCUGCGUUUUCUUCAUCUUCGCUUUUCUUUUAAUUCAGCGACACCUGUAAGUAAGACACUCAGACACAGACUGAUGAAUGAGCAACAUGUACACACAUGUACGCACACAAACACACCCACACAAUCAAGCACGAGUUAGUCACCCGAUUGGCCGCACUCACAGCACACACCAUGCCGAGCUAUGGUUCCUUGCUCAUCGUGCUUGGCUGCCUGCUCGCCACUCACACGGCAGGCCAGAGGUACGCAACAUGACGGACACCCACCCACCCAUCCAGACUGUCCCUGUGCAGUGAGGCGGAGACACUGAACGACGAGCGGCUGAUUGAGGACGCGUCCCAUCCCUUCUCUGUGGACGUCAACAACAGUGGCGCGGGAUCGCUGCUCAUCGAGCGCGACAACAGCCACACCAAGCGACACUACCAAAACGCGUUUGUCAAGAUGACUGGCGGCGAUGUGGAGGUGAAACACAUGAAUGAAGGAGAGAGAAACAGAAGCUCGGAUCUCUUCUUGUGUGCGUGUGUCUGUCGCGUCAGGACAACCUCAUCCGUGACGCCAUCUGCUCUGGCGAGAAGUACUCGAACCGAUGGUUCUACUCCACACAAGACGGCAGGUGUGUGUGCAAAGCGCCGCUGCGCAUGCAUGGUUUGACGGAUGGCUGUAUGGCUGGAUCUGGUCUUUGUAUGUGUGACAUCCAUGGCUGCAGGUGCGACAAGUACUCUCACUUCACAUACCGUGACAUGAUGCGCGGGAGGACCAAAUCCCGAGGCGAGGGCGUCGACGACAGAGACAUGGAACGGUUCAGCAGACGGGAGAGGCCCAUUCUGAUUCCUGGCCAGCCCAUGGGCGGCCUCGAUGAGGUCUGCAGGAAACUAAGGGGCAGGUGCGAAAAGACACACAGAGACAGCAUGUGAAUGAAUGGGCCACGUGUCUUGUCUGUUGGUAUGUAUGUGUCUUGUCUGUCCAAACAGGCGCUCGUAUUUCGACCCCAACUUGGGUUUCUGCUCGAUCCGAGAUGAGAUUCUCCCUCUCCAAAUUUGUCAGACAGCGGUGAGGCCUCGCCGCCCUGUCACUUUCCUACCGUACUGAAUGCGCCUGUGCGUUUGCAUGUGUGUGUUCAGCUGUUGGAGAACACUCGCGAAGCGCUCCGCAAUGAGCUGGGCUUCGAACGCACAUCCACACAGCGAAUCGGAGGUCGGCAUGUCUCUCCACACACAUGCAUACGGCACAUCAACCAAAGACACGGCUCUUGCGUGUCCUGUCUCUGUGUGCAGAUCGUUACUGUGAGGUGUUCAGGUGGCCGUAUCCGACAGACUCGCGCAAGGCCAUGUUGCUGAUGGGUAUCGAGUCGUUGCUGUCGAGUCAGGCCGAGCAAUACCACAUCCAACAGGACACACAGGGUGAGAUGACCAACACGAACAAAGCUAGCCAGAGAGACGUGUGAUGUGUGGCCUGUGUUUGCUGUGUGUGUGUCAGUUUCGAAGCUGGCCGCCUCGCUGCGCAACAAGGCAAAGAGGGAGCAGUCAGGCAUUCUGGCCAGGAUGAGAGGCAUCGCGUGAGAGAACAAUGUGGCAGC